CCCCGCCUUGUGCAAACCCGGCCCGCGUAUGCGCUUUGUGCGACCUCACCUGCACUCUUUGCGAUCCGCUACGCGCCACCUCUCGUGUACUCCCCGCGUCGUCGUCGCUGCCUCUGGAUGCCUCAUUGCUCAUACGUGCCCUUCUCAUCCUUUCCGCGCGGUUUUCUGUGCACCCUUUAGAUUCAUUUCACACCUCACGACCUGUCACGACCCCCAUGCCUUUCCUCUUUAUCCCAUUGAUCCCUCGGAACUGUACUGACUGCGCCCGGACUGUAUCACUGACUCGUAUAUCUCACUGGCUUGUGUAUCCCUAUGUCUCCUCCUAUCUUUCUACACUCUAUAUACUACCUCGAGCUCUCGAAUUCCUGACUGUAUCGUUUACUGUUGCCUCUCUGGACUGUAUUACAAUGAAUUCAAUUUACACUCUGGUAGCUGCGUGUGUAAAGAACAGGAUCGAUAGCAAGUAAAGCACCGUGCAUCUCAGAGAUGUCGAGCUCGCAUGAGCACGAAUCAGUGGUGCUGUAUUGGCAGGGAGCCCAGACAGGUGGACGCAUGGGUGGGCU